AUGUCCACGAUUCAACUAAAGUUAUCAUCACUAUUGAUUUUUGUGAUUCUAAGCUUGGAAUUGCAGUUAUCCACCGCGCAGUAUGACAUUUUCGAUAUGGGCUUAGAUAACCCGCUGAAUUUAAUCUGGAAAAACCGUCAAACAGGACAUAAUCACGAUAUGAGUACCCGAAUAAAUUGUCCAACAUAUGACAAUAACAAUCGUACUGGUACAUGCAUGACAUCAACUUCCUGCAAGUUCCAAGGAGGUAUAUCCAUCGGGAGAAGCACAUGUCGCCUGUGGAACACCUGCUGUGUUUUUGAAAUAACCUCGAAUCAAACCUCGAAUUCCCGCGUGACAUAUUUUGUCAACCCGCCGAACCCACGCACCAGAACCCAACCACACCAUGUGCAUAUUCAACUGCUUCAAGAUGUCUGCCAACUACGUGUGGACAUUAUAAGCAUGAGACUUGCACCACCGCUGGUAGAACCCGCGAUGCCAGCUGGAGUUACCAGCACUUGUAAAGAUGAAUACCUUCAGAUAGAUCCAAUGACUUCUGAUAAUACCCUACCAGCAUUUUGCGGGACACAGAAUAAUCAACAUUUCUAUGUGCAUUUGGAUCAACAUAAUCACUGGUCCACUUUCACCCUAUCCAUUUUCUUGGACCGACCUGCAGCGGCAACCUCCGAUGCCACGUGGGACAUCAAAAUCACGCAACUUGAGUGUCCCAGAUAUAGAGGAACACAUGAUAAACAAGCAAAAACAGAUCGCAAUCAACUUGCGAAUGAUUUUUAUCUGUUAGCACCUAGAAAUUGCUUGCAAUACUUUACUGAACCUAGAGGUGAGGUUUAUAACUUUGGGUUUGUCCCAACAACAAUGAGCACUUUGACCACAAAUCAAGAUUAUGCGAUUUGUUUCAAACGCCAGCCGGGAUCUUGCGGAAUAUCGUUCAAAGUGAAUCAUUUUUUUCUACGAUCGAAAGCACCAUGCGAUGAGGAGUAUAUUUACAUACCAGAAGCGGUAGAUACAGAAAAGAUAUGUGAUGAAAUUCCAGCGAUGCCAGUUACUACUUUAGAAUCGAUACAUCCAGGACCACUUUACAUCCAUUUUCAUUCAGAUUCCGUGGUGGAAACACCCACAGGACAACACGGAUUUCAUUUUGAGUAUAAUAAUGUACGUUGUCAGAACAAAAAAAAUCUGUAA